CCUUUCAUGUCCUCCAGCUUUCUGUCUCUUCCGAUUUUUCGGCCUGUAGUCUGCGAUUACCCUAUAAGAUUUCUCCAAGGUUUCCUUUUUUCGCUAGACUAGAUUUUCCUCAAAUUGAUCUCAGAUCUUUCACUCCCUCUCUCCCUGUACUAAGCCGGAAGGGUACUGUCGCCGCAGUCGCCGUGCGUUGCCGAUAUUUCUCAAUCGGCACCUUUGCAGACGAGAUCGGCCUCCAGUACACCAAAUUCGACACCUUUGGUUGGUUUUUCGGCGGAUCGAAGGGUAUUUGUUUAUUUUCCGGCGGUCCUGAAGUGAGUUGGGGUUCUUGGUUUUCUGGUUUUUUCGCAAUUUUAUACUAGUUCGCCAUGACGGGAUCGGUGGAGCGCCACGCCAGACCUUUUGUUUUUGAUGCCAUUUCUGGUCAUGAUGAACGAAAAGAAAGAAAAUCUGAUAUUGAGAACUCGGAAGAUGAAAGGUGGACAAGGAUUGGGUCAUUGAGGAAAAAAGCAAUAAAUGCAUCAACUAUAUUCAAGCACACUUUGAGGAAAAGCAGGAGAAAGAGCAGUAGAGUUAUUUCUGUUUCCAUUGAGGAUAUAAGGGAUAUAGAGGAGCUUCAAGCUGUUGAUGCUUUUCGCCAAUCUUUGAUAUUUGAUGAGUUGCUUCCUUCAAAGCAUGAUAAUUACCAUAUGAUGUUGAGGUUUUUGAAGGCUCGUAAAUUUGAUAUUGAGAAAACAAAGCAGAUGUGGGCUGAAAUGCUUCAGUGGAGGAAGGAAUAUGGUGCCGACACAAUUAUUGAGGAUUUUGAUUAUGAAGAGUUACCUGAAGUUCUGAAGUACUAUCCUCAUGGGUAUCAUGGUGUAGACAAGGAGGGUAGGCCAGUUUAUAUUGAAAGAUUGGGGAAAGUUGAGCCAAACAAACUUAUGCAUGUUACAACCAUGGAAAGAUAUGUCAAAUAUCAUGUUAAAGAGUUUGAAAGGAGCUUCCAACUUAAGUUUCCAGCGUGUUCUAUUGCUGCAAAAAGGCAUAUUGAUUCUAGCACAACUAUUCUAGAUGUCCAAGGCGUGGGGUUAAAAAAUUUCAGCAAGACAGCAAGGGAGCUAAUUCAGAGGUUGCAGAAAAUUGACAGUGACAAUUACCCUGAGACUUUAUGUCGCAUGUUUAUCAUCAAUGCUGGCCCAGGUUUUAGGUUGCUAUGGAACAGUGUAAAAUCAUUCCUCGAUCCCAAAACUACUUCAAAGAUACAUGUUAUUGGUGCCAAGUACCAGGGUAAGCUUUAUGAAAUAAUUGAUGCCAGUGAGUUGCCAGAAUUUUUUGGUGGUACAUGCACCUGUCCUGAUGUAGGAGGGUGCUUGAAAGCAGAAAGGGGGCCUUGGAAGGAUCCAACUAUUGUGAAGAUGGUUCUCAGUGGAGAAGCCCAAUACACAAGGCAGAUUGUAACUGUUUCAAAAGGAGAGGGAAAUAUCAUUGCUUAUGCUAAACCAAAAUAUCCAUUGGUGAAGGGUAGUGAUACCUCCACUGCCGAAUCUGGUUCAGAAGCAGAAGAUAUUACCUCUCCAAAAGCAGUUAAGAGCUAUGUAUCGUACCAGUGCUUAACCCCUGUGCGAGAAGAGUCAAAAGUUGUUGGGAAGUGCAUACUUCCCGUGGAAUCCUCGGAGCCUGAACGUAUCUUGACAGUUGACAAGGCUGUCGAUGCAGAAUGGAAGAAAGAGAACACGAGCAGGAGGAAAUCUGAGUCAAAAGGCUCAUCAGCUAUUUUGGUUGAUGUGAAGAAGUAUUCGGAAGGAUUUAAAAUGCAGAUACUUGCAUAUGUAAUGACCCUAUAUACAUUGCUCUUUAUGGUUAUCAGCCGUGUGACAAAGCAGCCUCAGGAAGAAACUCCUGAAUCAGAUUGGCAUGAUGCAGCAUUAUUUCGGGAUUCUACCUCCAAAGAGUUCCAGCCUCCAUCGCCUGCUCCUGGACUCAAAGAUGCUGACCUCCUGUCAUCUGUUUUGAAGAGGCUUGGUGAACUGGAAGAGAAGAUUGAUAUUCUUCAAUCAAAACCAUCAGAAAUGCCUCAUGAGAAGGAAGAACUACUCAAUGCUGCCGUCCGCCGUGUUGAUGCAUUAGAAGCUGAACUUAUUGCCACAAAACAGGCUUUGCAUCAAGCUCUUAUGAGGCAAGAUGAACUGUUGGCAUACAUUGAUUUUCAGGAAGAGGCUAAAUUCCGGAAGAGGAAGUUUUGCUUUUGAUCACUAAUGAUUUGUUAAGAGAAAAUGGUUUCUGACAGGUGAUAGAAGGGGCUUUUCUUUCUAUCGCCAACUCAAAGAGAGAGGAGAUUUAAGAGAUGGAGUGAAGAACAAAAUGAUUCCUGUCUUUAUCAUAUUUCACUCUCUUUUAUUAUACACAAAGAUUUCUGUUUGUUCCUUAUUAAACAUUUAUUUGUUUGAGACUGAGAUAUGUUUUUUUUUUUAAUUAUUAUUAUAAUUUCCCAUACUGUGAUUUGUUUCCAUCAGUGUAAUGAGAGAAUUUGAUUGGAAGAUUCUGAUUGUUUUGAGUACUUAAGUGUCUAA